AAUGUAUGAUUCAUUUGUUAAACAAAUACUGAGUUCCAGCUAUGUGUAAUGCAUUGUACGGGCAGAAGAUAUAGCAGUGAACAUAGAGGUAAAAACCUUCCCACUCUGCCAAGGGGCGGGACAGGAAGGAAAGGGAAGACAGAGACGUGGAAUAUGGAGUAUUCAGUGUUGGUAAGUGCUAAGGAGAAGAAAUGAAACAGGAGGUAAGAUGCAAAGGGCCGUGGUGAAGGCAAUGGGAGGUUUCCUUGAAAGAGGAGCUCAGCGUAGUCUCCAUUUGAGUUAAAGACUGGAAAUGAGCAAUGAACAGUCUGGAAAGAAAGACUAAUAGAGCAGCCAGUACAGAGCUCUCUGCAGAGAGAGAGGGAGGACCUGUGUGGUCAAGGAGUUGCAAGGCUGGUGUGGUUAGAGUGAUGGUCAGUCGGCGAAGAGUAGUACAAGAUGGCAUCAUAAAGCUCAGGGGUUGAAUAUACAGCCUUGUAGGCCAUUGUGAGGACUUCAGCUUUUACACUAGGUGAGACGAGAACCCACUGGCGAGUUUUAAGCAGAGAAAUAACAUGAUCUGACUUAGGAUUUAACAAUUCUGCCUCCUUUUCGAGUGUAGACUGGAGGGGGCGAAUUAGGAGGCCGCUGCAAUAAUCUAGGUGAAAGACGAUGGCAACGGUGAGAGAUGACAGACCAGGGUGGUGGCAGUGGAGUCAUGAAAGUGUGAUUCCAGAAACCUCCAAGAGAAUUUCCUGGCAGAUGUGAUGUGAGGAGUGAUUAAAGAAGAACCAGGAAUGACUUUAAUGUUGUUGGCCUGAGCAACUGGAAGAAUAGAGUUGCCGUUUAUUGAGAUGAGAAGGCUGCCAGAAGAGGAGAGUUGUUUUGUUUCAUUAUGGAGAUAGACGGUUUUCAGCAGUUAGACCUAGAGAAGAGUGUGCCUUCCGAAAAGACUACUCCUAGAAGGAUUAUCCAUUUUGUUGACGGAGACAUCAUGAAAGAAUAUAGCACAGAGGAAGAGGAGGAAGAAGAAAAAGAGGAACAAGAGGAGCAGAGCAUAAAUUCAACACUUGACCCUUCUAAACUUUCUUGGGGGCCCUACCUACGAUUUUGGGCAGGACGAAUAGCAAGCACCUCAUUUUCUACAUGUGAAUUCCUUGGUGGAAGGUUUGCUCUCUUCUUCGGUCUUACUCAACCUAAAUAUCAGUAUGUGUUAAAUGAGUACUACAGGAUACAAAACAAGAAACGUGACAACAAAAGUGAAGGGAAUGGAUCAAAGGCCCAGGCAGCUGAGGUUCCUAAUGAAAAGUGUCAUUUGGAGGCUGGGGACCGAGAGUAUGGGACCAUACAACAGGAUGCAGCAGAAGCCAUUCCUCAGUGAAGCAUGUCAUCCAGGGAGGGUCUGGUGACAGAGCCCAGCUCAGGAUGGCAGCAAAGACUAUAGUUUCCCUGGAUCUCUGUUCCUUGGCCAUUGGUUACCAUAGCAACAGCACCACAGGUAGCACUUCUGAACCAGAUCUGAUCCUAAUCUCCAUGUGACUUAGUCUCAAGCAUCCAGGAAUUACAAGCAAUAAUGAGUGUAAUUUUGGACACUUUCUCAGUAUAAUUUUAAUGUGCAAGCCAACCCAUCCCACCCCAGUGAUACAAGUCUCAUGAGUACUGACAUUUGCACAGUAGAAUAAAUACCUUAAAGGAACUGUGGGACUGGGAGUUUUGGGCUGAAAUUCUGUCAUGGGACUAGGGUACAGUAAAGAAGCUCUAUCCCUGAGAAGAAAUCUGGGCACUGCAAAAUCUAAAUAACUCCCCGUUCAGGGUUUGCAUAGGUGUGUACUUCCAAACAACCAUCCUGGCUUAGUUGGGGAUCGUUUUACAAUGAGUUAACAUUGCUAAUAGCUCUGUUACAAGUUCAUUAUCAAGGUCUCUAAGAAUUAGGUACGUCCCUCCAAAUUAAAAUAACCGAUGAAUAAUCUAAGCUCUAGAAAAAAUAUUUUAAUAGAUUAUUUUCUUAUUCAUUUGUGAAUGGAGCAAUUUUCAAAACCUGAAAAGAUUGAACAUGGAAAUCAUUGUUAGAUAACACAGGGUGUGCUGGCCAGAGUAACUGUGACACA